AUGACUCCAUCUCGCCAACUUACAGCUAUAGCUUUUUAUUUAUCUUUUUUCAGCUUUUUAUUUAUCUUUUUUCAGCUGUUUAUUUUCUUUUCUUUUUUUUUUUUAUUUUUUUUUUUCAGCUUUUUAUUUUUCUUUUCUGUUUUUUUUGCUUUUUAUUUUUUUUUUCUUUUUUUUUGCUGUUUAUUUUUUUUUUUUUUUUCUGCUGUUUAUUUUCUUUUUUUUUCAGUUUUUAUUUUUUUCUUUUUUUUUGUUUAUUUCUUUUUUUCAGGCUGUUUAUUUUUUUUCUUUUUUUCAGCUGUUUAUUUUCUUUUCUUUUUUCUGCUGUUUAUUUUCUUUUCUUUUUUCUGCUGUUUAUUUUCUUUUCUUUUUUCGGCUGUUUAUUUUCUUUUCUUUUUUCGGCUGUUUAUUUUCUUUUCUUUUUUCGGCUGUUUAUUUUCUUUUCUUUUUUCGGCUGUUUAUUUUCUUUUCUUUUCUUUUUUCGGCUGUUUAUUUUUUUUUUUUUCGGCUUUUUAUUUUCUUUUCUUUUUUUCUUUUCUUUUCUUUUUUCGGCUGUUUAUUUUCUUUUCUUUUCUUUUUUCGGCUGUUUAUUUUAUUUUUCUUUUUUUUUUCGGCUGUUUAUUUUUCUUUCUUUUUUUUCGGCUGUUUAUUUUCUUUUUUUUUUUUCGGCUGUUUAUUUUUUUCUUUUUCUUUUUUUCUUUGUUUAUUUUUUUUUUUUUUUCGGCUGUUUAUUUUCUUUCUUUUCUUUUUUUUAUUGUUUAUUUUCUUUUUUUUUUUUCGGCUGUUUAUUUUCUUUUCUUUUCUUUUUUCGGCUGUUUAUUUUCUUUUCUUUUCUUUUUUCGGCUGUUUAUUUUCUUUUCUUUUCUUUUUUCGGCUGUUUAUUUUCUUUUCUUUUCUUUUUUCGGCUGUUUAUUUUCUUUUCUUUUGGCUGUUUAUUUUCUUUUUCGGCUGUUUUUUUUUCUUUUCUUUUCUUUUUUUUUUUUUUUUUUUUUUUUUUUCGGCUGUUUAUUUUUUUUAUUUUUUUUCGGCUGUUUUUGCUUUUCUUUUUCUUUUUCGGCUGUUUUUUUUCUUUUCUUUUUUUUUUCGGCUCUUUCUUUUUCUUUUUUCUUUUUUCUUUUUUCGGCUUUUUUAUUUUCUUUUUCUUUUUCUUUUUUCGGCUGUUUCUUUUUCUUUUCUCUUUUUUUUUCUGUUUAUUUUCUUUCUUUUCUUUUUUCUUCGGCUUUUUUUCUUUUCUUUUUUUUUCUUUUUUUUUCUUUUUCGGCUGUUUAUUUUUCUUUUUCUUUUCUUUUUUCUUUAUUUUCUUUUCUUUUCUUUUUUUCGGCUGUUUAUUUUUUUUUUUCUUUUUCUGCUUUUUUCUUUUCUUUUUCUUUUCUUUUUUUUUUUUUUUCUUUUUUUUUUUUUUUCUUUCUUUUUUUUUCUUUCUUUUUUUUCGGCUUUUUUCUUUUUUUUUCUUUUCUUUUUUUUCUUGUUUUUUUUUUUCUUUUUUUCUUCGGCUUUUUUUUUUUUUUUUUUUUUUUUUUGUUUAUUUUUUUUUUUUUUUUUUUUUUUUUUUUUUUUUUUUUUUUUAUUUUUUUUUUUUUUUUUUCUUCUUUAUUUUUUUUUUUUUUUUUUCUUUUUUUUCUUUUUUCUUUUCUUUCUUUCUUUUUUUCUUUUCUUUUCUUUCUUUUCUUUCUUUCUUUUCUUUCUUUUUUUCUUUCUUUCUUUUCUUUUUUCUUUCUUUCUUUCUUCUUUUUCUCUUUUCUUUUCUGCUUUUUUUUUCUGGAGAGAGGAGGAGAGACUGAAAUAGUGAGUUUUUCUCUCUCUCUUUCCUUCUCUCUCUCUUUCCUUCUCUCUCUCUCUCUCUCUUUCCUUCUCUCUCUCUUUCUUUCUCUCUCUCUUUCCUUCUCUCUCUCUUUCCUUCUCUCUCUCUCUUUCUCAUUCUCUCUCUCUUUCCUUCUCUCUCUCUCUUUCUCAUUCUCUCUCUCUCUUUCUCAUUCUCUCUCUUUCUCAUUCUCUCUCUUUCUCAUUCUCUCUCUUUCUCAUUCUCUCUCUUUCUCAUUCUCUCUCUUUCUCAUUCUCUCUCUUUCUCAUUCUCUCUCUUUCUCAUUCUCUCUCUUUCUCAUUCUCUCUUUCUCAUUUCUCUCUUUCUCAUUCUCUCUCUUUCUCAUUCUCUCUCUCUUUCUCAUUCUCUCUCUCUCUCUCAUUUCUCUCUCUCUCUUUCUCAUUCUCUCUUUCUCAUUCUCUCUUUCUCAUUCUCUCUUUCUCAUUCUCUCUUUCUCAUUCUCUCAUUCUCUCAUUCUCUCAUUCUCUCAUUUUCUCAUUCUCUCAUUCUCAUUCUCUCAUUCUCUCAUUUUCUCAUUCUCUCAUUCUCUCAUUUUCUCAUUCUCUCAUUUUCUCAUUCUCUCAUUCUCUCAUUUUCUCAUUCUCUCAUUUUCUCAUUCUCUCAUUUUCUCAUUCUCUCAUUCUCUCAUUCUCUCAUUCUCUCAUUUUCUCAUUCUCAUUUUCUCAUUUUCUCAUUCUCAUUUUCUCAUUCUCAUUUUCUCAUUCUCAUUUUCUCAUUCUCAUUUUCUCAUUCUCAUUUUCUCAUUCUCAUUUUCUCAUUCUCAUUUUCAUUCUCAUUUCUCAUUUUCUCAUUUUCAUUCUCUCAUUCUCUCAUUCUCAUUUUCUCAUUCUCUCUCAUUUCUCAUUCUCUCAUUCUCUCAUCUCAUUCUCUCAUUCUCUCAUUCUCUCAUUUUCUCAUUCUCAUUCUCUCUCUCUCAUUUUCUCAUUCUCUCUCAUUUUCUCAUUCUCAUUCAUUUCUCUCUCAUUUUCUCAUUCUCUCAUUCUCUCUCUCAUUUUCUCAUUCUCAUUCUCUCUCAUUUUCUCAUUCUCUCAUUCUCUCUCUCUCAUUCACAUAUAUAUAUAUAUAUAUAUAUAUAUAUAUAUAUAGGGAGAGAAGAUUAA